CAACCUGAUGAAAGUCCAGAAUGUUCACAAAAUCAACAGCAAGAACAGCCACUUCCUCAUGAGGGCUUUGAAAUUUGUCAUCUCGAUCUCUCUGCUGUCCUUCGUUGUGUGUUAUUCCUCAGGAUACUCUUUCUUCCCUCACUCCUUCAACCUCUGCUUCUCCACGAUCCUCUUUCGAUUUUCACUCGCUCCCUUGAGAGGAAGUUCAUGUUCCUCGUCUGCAACGGGAUCUUAGCUUUUCUUGCCAAGAGCUCCUGCAGUUCUAGCAGCUCUUCGCCAUCUGGGUCUGAUCUUGAUGGUGAUGAUGAACUGUUCAGGAAAAAAGACAGGUCGGCUUGGGAUGACUUACCUGAGGAUGAGAUCAAAGUUUCAGCUUCUGGAUCAUCAGAAGUUGAAGCUGUGACUGCUGAAGAUGCCGCUACUACUGGGUAUAACGAGUACCAGGAAAAUAAUCUGGUUCUUGCAGCUGAAGAAGGAGAAGAAGAGGGGGAGGAGGAGGACGAGAAACUUCAAGUUCAGGGAAAAGAUACAGAGGAAGAAGAUGAAGCUGAGCAACAGGAAGAGCAAAUAUUACAAGAUACAGGAGCAGAAGAUGAAAAUGAAACUUGGGUCGUGGAAGAUGAUGACAGACACAGCAAACAAGAAGAAGAAGAACUAGAAGAACGUGGCUACAUGGGGAAAGAACCAGAAUCACCAGCAGUUGCUACAGGUAGUGAAGAGAUGAUGAGUACGGAGGAGUUGAAUAAAAAGUUCGAGGAAUUCAUUAGGAAGAUGAAAGAGGAGAUCAGGAUUGAAGCUAAAAGUCAGCUGAUUGCAGUGUGAUUGCAAGACAAUCAUGUACAUAACGAGCCAACUAAGCGAAUCCCAUCAAGGGUUUGUCCCUUUUAGGGUGGCUGGCGACGAAGCUCUCAUGUUCAUGACUUCUGUUUUCUUUCGAGGUCAUCAUGUUGUCUUUUUCUCGCACCGUUAGCCCUGUCCUAAGAUCAAAUAGCAGCUAAGUUUAAUAAACAAAAUCUCUAGCCUUUCUUCUUCUACCU